CAGUUUAUUUUGGGAAUGAUUGAAUUGACUGGCGGGGAGCAGCAGGCCGAUGAGUCGGCCACAAAACCGAACAGUGAGCAGGAGCCUAAAGUGGGAGGCAGUGAGGAACGGGCUUCAGUCAGUGAGGAACGACCAACCGUGAAUGAGAAGCGAGGACAGAAGAGACGGCAUGAUGAUCGUGGGCGUGGGUAUUACGAGUUCAGGGAGGAGACUUACUACAACCGGGCAAAGUCCCCGGUGCCUGCGGGGGAGGAGGAGGCUGAAGAGGAAUUUGACGACAGUUUAGUUUGUCUCGACACCUAUAAUUCUGACAUCCAUUUCCAAGUGGCUAAGGACCGCUAUGGCGGGCAACCGCUCGCCCCUGAGAAGUUUGCCUACCUUUGGGCUGGUGCACGGGCUACCUACGGCGUGACUAAGGGGAAAAUCUGCUUUGAGGUGAAGGUGACCCAGAAGAUCCCUGUGAAACAGCUGCCCGAGAGUGAAAGUGAGCGCCAUCUUGUCCGUGUGGGUUGGUCCCUGAACAGCUCCUCACUACAGCUGGGAGACGGGGAAUUUUCCUAUGGCUACGACGGAGCUGGGAGAAAGUGGGAAAACUCCAAGUUUGAGGAAUAUGGAGAGGCGUUUGAUGAAAAUGAUGUCAUUGGUUGUUUUGCUGAUUUUGACAAUGAGGAAGUGGAGCUGUCCUUUUCAAAGAACGGAACAUGCCUUGGGGUGGCCUUCUCGAUUAGCAAGGAAUCCCUUGGCGAGGAAGCACUGUUCCCCCACAUCCUUUCUAAAAACUGCGUGAUGGAGUGCAACUUUGGCCACAAGGAGGAACCCUUCUUCCCAAUUCCAGAGGACUACGUCUUCAUUCAGAACGUUCCCCUGGAAGAGCGUAUUCGGGGAGCAGUUGGUCCUAAAACUAAGGAUGCAUGUGAAGUCAUAAUGAUGGUUGGGUUGCCAGGAGUGGGUAAGACCACCUGGGUGAAGAAGCAUGUGGCUGAGAAUCCAGAGAAGCGAUAUGUCGUACUGGGCACACACAGUAUUCUGGACAAGAUGAGGGUCAAAGGACUGGAAGGUCCCGAAAUGAAUGCAGAGCGACGGAAUGUUCUGACCCAGCAGGCAACACAGUGCUUGAGCAAAUUUAUUCAGAUUGCAGCCUGCAAGAAGCAUAACUAUAUCCUUGAUCAGACCAAUGUCUACAGCUCGGCCCAGCGGCGGAAGAUGAUUCUCUUCAAAGGAUUUUCCCGCCAGGCUAUAGUGAUUUGCCCAAGUGACGAGGAUUGGAAGACAAGGAUGAAACUGCGAACUGCGGAGGAGGGCGAUGAUGUCCCAGACUUUGCAUUGAAUGAAAUGAAAGUCAAUUUUACACUCCCUGAGGCGAGUGACUUCCUGGACAAAGUGACCUACGUGGAGCUGGAGAAGGAACCGGCCAGCAAGCUGGUGAGCAAAUAUCGAGAUGAAGCAAAGAAGGCCAGGCCACAGCAGGAGAAACGGCAGGAUCGACGUAACUACCGCAAUCGAAAUGACCGGGACCGGAACUACGGUGGUUAUCGCAUGGGCAGGUGGGACAACAGGAAUUAUGAUCGGCCACAGUAUGGGCAUGGAUGGGGUCCAGCCUAUGGCAAUCACCCAGCAUACAGAGAGGAUUAUCAUAAACCCUAUGACCGAUACAGGCAGCAAUAUGAUCGGCCUUAUCCGCAGCCCUAUGACUACCACAGAUACCGGGACUAUUACCGGGAGUAUGCUCGUGAGUGGCAUCGCUAUUACGAGGAGCGAAACCGCUACUACAACAAUUACUAUGGUUACCGAUGAAAGCUCAACCAUGUGUGAAACCCCCCCCCCUUCUCUUCCCCCACCUCUUACCCUUCUCCCUUUCCUCUUAGUAGCCCAACACCCCCACCCCCCCUCCCCAGCCAAGCUCCAACAUAGUUUCAUUCCGAUGGAGCAGCAGGUGGCUGUGGGGGCUUCACUCAGAGUUUUUGGCGAGUGUUUAGAUGUUCUGUUUCUGUUUUUAUUUUUAAUUUUAUUUCUACUCUCAUUUCAACAGAGAGUGCCUGGCUUUCCAGGGGGCAUCUCAGCUCUUCCUCAAUGGAUGUACCACAGUAGUUGAUAUGGAAUGUAUAAAGGACACUCUCUCUCGCAAAUGCGUGCUGCUUCCCACUUACACUUGUUCACGUGUGUGUGAUCUCACCCGUGCGUGCAGUAUUGCAUUUAUUUCCCCCUCAUUUUCUCUUGCAUAACUACAAAAGGUCUUAUCACUUACACUUGUGUGCGCACACAUAAACGUGCCAGGAAACACCUUUAACACUGGUGGAGCUGCUGUUUGUGUGGGUCCUGACUUGGAAUUGUACAGAGGCGAUGCCUUUCAAGGUGAUGCCUGGUUGUCAAUUUGUCAGCUUAAGGUUAAUCAGAAAGGCUGCAAGAUUUACUCCAGUCCCUGCUGAGUCUGGUUGACAUCUGAGCCCCACCCCUGUUUGACUCUCACAACAAGAAGGCUUCAGAGUUGUAUGAUCAAAGUGAAGGUCAACACAAGCAUUUCAUCAGGGCACGUAGCAGGAUGAAUGAGUACAUCUGGCCUGUUCUGCCCAUCUAAAACCCACCUGUACACGUUGCAGUCUUAAUGUUACAGCCCUGUGGCACAUGACCCCUUGUUAGCUGCUGUGAAGACGAAACCGUCAUAACGCUGGCCCCAAGAUCACACUUUAUGCGGGGCUCUUGUCUUUUCCACAGCCAAGUGGCAGAAUGUCACAUCUUUUGAGAGUAUGGCCUGGCUUUGGGGCUUAAUGACAGGUGGUGGAGGGGUGGGGAAGAAGAGAGAGCGGGUUUAUGUGUGUGAACUACUGGGUCCAUGACACAGUCUCUCCAGUCUGUAUCACACAGAUAAGUGCGUGUCUUCUCCUUAACUUCCUCUAACCAACAAUUGCUAAAGGGGCUGUGGCUGUGUUGCAUCCUGCCCCAUCCCUAACCAGAUUAGAGACACGUGGUGAGGGGAGUUUGCCCCUUUGCCAGUUCAGGGUGAGCUCUCUUAUUUACUUUGGGCAAGGGAGGGAGGAGAGGCUUCCUUCUUUUUCAUUGUCUUUGUUUUUAUCUUUUGGUGCUUAUUCUUUGUCUUCACAUCUUCUCGAAUACGCUGAUAACCAGAUUAACGCUGCAGACCAGGGGGGUGCAGGCGUGAACGAGAAGGGCAAAGGAAGUUGAGUGGAGCCAAUAAUGUUGCAGUUUUUGUAUUUACAACGCUUUGAACUUUGUACAGCCACUCCUGCCACGGCCUUCCAGAAAAGCUUCUGUUUGUGUGCCUGCCUGUGUGUUUUCUUUUUAAUUAUUUUACCCACAAGAAAAUAAGACUUGCUUUUCAACUUGCGAUGUUUUUCCUAAUCAUUAGCCUGCAGGUUAUUAAUGUACGGUGCAGCCUUUUUAAUGUCUAGUUAGCUGUGGGGAGGGGGGUGGGAGGGAGGGAGGGUGGGGGAGAGAUGAAUCUAUUUUCUGAUAAAUGCGUUUGAUCCUUCUAACAGUUCUUUCCUCGCGCCGUGUGGUGGAGGGAGUUGGGAAGCUGGCUGGUCUGCAGCAUGUCGGGCCAGCAGUCAACCCAGUCGUUCACCCGUGGCCCGCCUCUUUUCCCCCAUCCUGACUUGUGUCAGAAACAAGUGCAUGGCUUUGCGACGAGGAUCCCAUCUUGGGGAGGGCAUGGCAAGUCCAGGCUCUUUCGGUGGACUUGUGAUUUCCAGUUUUCCCUGUCCACCCACGAUCAAGGAUGUGGUUUCAAACUGAGCACGCUGCUGCCCACGGUCCUGCCAGCCUCAUUAGCAGUCACCUACUGAGGACAGCAGGCACAGAUGCUUGGGCAGGUAGUCACUGGAAUCCUACCAGGCUUGACAGGUGCUGGUAUGUUCUCUGGCCCAGUCUUCACUUGUGCUGACAUACAACAUCUGUAGACACUGCCGACGUGAAGUGUCCCUUUUAACCAUAGGACUUGGAAUAAUACCCUCUCUGAAUUCUUCCUUCUCUGAGGGCUUUUGAUUUUCAGCAGAGGGUGAAAAUUUCGGCAAUGAAUGUUUCAGGUAAAAAAAAAGUGUAAUUGUUUAAUUACCCUCAUCAUAAAUUUUUCUUUUAAAUUUGAAUGGUUAAAUCCCUGCUUCAGUUGUAUAAAGUUACUCAAAGUUAGUGCCAGAUGGGAGAUGAGAUGGGGGUAAAAUGAAUUGACCCAGCUUCCCCCUGCAAAAACUGGAUUUCACACCUUGUAGCUGACAGGAAUUCUGAACCCUUGAAUGUCAGGGAGGCUAAAUGUUUAUCUUGGCAGGUUGGUGGUGAAAGCUCUGGAGUUCACUCUUUCUGGUGCUGGUGUGCACAGUGCUCCUUAUUCACUCGGCCUGUAAACACUUGUUUGCUGAAUGUUCUUCCUGCCCACCAAGCAAUGCUAUUUGCCUUUUCUUUCCCCCCUUGCCCCUCGUCCUUUACCACUUCUCAUCCCCCAUGCAUUUGGCCAGCCUUUUCCCCAGUACUGAGCUACAUAGAUCCACUGCAAAAUCCCACAUGGCGCAAUGAAUGGGAGUAAGUUCCCAGAACUGGCUUGAAGUUGGCUGCAUGCUUUCCUGUCCCUGGAAUGCCUAUUGGAAUUAGGUGCGUAAAAUCUUGCUUCCUACUGCAGUUAACACUGAUGUUGAUCAACUUGCCUCAGUGUUAGAAUAAUCCUUUUUACAUAAAAUAUCCUUAUUUAACUCUUGGCCGGUAGUGGUUAGCUGAUUAGCACAAGCGCUGACUGCAGCUGCAGAUACUUGUAGGGCUGACUGUGUGCCACAAAUCCCUUCAGAGACAAUGCAAGACCUCUCCAUUCUCUCCCUCUGUCUCCUUUCCCAACCUCCUCCCCCUGCUAGACCCUGUAGAGUUCAUGGCCCCAUUAGUUCUGUUGGGGGUUCCAGAUGAAACAAAACUGUUCUUGCUGAACGAGUCUUUAAAUGUGGGUUUUUUUUCCCCAAGGUGUAUAUUUUUCAACUUUUUGACACACCAGUCACUGAUUAGGUCUUUCUCGGGCAUAUUUUGUGAUGCAUUUUGAAGGAAAAAAAGGGUUCUAAGACAAGCCAGUCUUUUUCAAUGCACAAAGAAUUUUCUAGUGGAACAGUUCUUGGUCUUUAGGGAGGCUUUUGUAAAUGGGACUUUUUACCUCCUAAAUGACCCUGGAGUUUUUAGAGCAGUCAGCUUCUAAUUGUCCUUGGCUGUUCCUAAGUUCGAAUAAUGUCAAAGGUUUGUAAUAUUGUACCUGUCUGACAGGGAAACAACGUGGCUGCAGUCCAGUAUAGUACUUUCUAUGUGGUCUAAUCAUCCUCCAGAAGUCUGGUCUGUUCUCAUGAGCAGUGCUAUGGGAGGGUAGCCAUUUGUGACAAAGGAUUUGUUCAAAAACUGGGGGUGUGGAGGGGAGAGUUCAUUUGCCCAAAACGUCUCCAGCAGUCCUAUGGUUACAAAUUGACACUUCACCGUGGCUGUUUUCCUUGACGGCCCUUGUGUGAACGAGUGGCUGCACAGAGGAGUUUAACGGGCAGCACUGCCUGAGUAACCCUUUUGUGCAGCAAAAAACCCUGAAAGCCAUGCUCUGCAUCAGCCAUGCUGUUUUGCAGUACCCUUGAUUUUUGGAAUGCUGCCUCGCAGUGUCUGUUUUUAACCUUUUUUUGGGAGGGUGUGAGGGAGGGAGGGAUCCACUGACAAUGCAGGAACAAAAAAAAUGGGACUGUCUGGUAAUAAUAAAUGUGUGUACAAUGGAGUUUGUGUCUGUAACUGGGCACAGUGCUGCCUAGCGGUAGUGAAAUGUUAAGGUAGUACCAAAACCGAGAGAUUUUAAAUGGAAAAAAAAUACAGUAAAUAAAAACAAUUGCUGUAA